CUCUGCCAUACUGGUAACAGCAUCUCGUUAAAAUCGCGGAUCAUAAUACAAGAUCUGUGAUCUUAUUAAACUAAAUACUAAUUACUUGCAAGUGUUGACAUCGUCAAAAAUAUACGUUAUAAAUAUAAGUUAUACGCAUAACAUAGCGAUUAUAGUGACAAAGAUAUUUGUCGAUUUCACGUUUAUAACCUUACUUAACCUUAAAAACUGUGGAAGGGAAUUCGAGAACAGACAGCGUAUUCUCUAAGUGAAAUAACACGAUGUCUUUGCGUUUAUAUUCAUUCCUGAGAAGAAUACGGAAAACACACAGUAGAAAAUUUAGUACAGUUGUGGAAGUAAAGGAUGAGCAAGCAAGUCAAGUAUGCUCAUUUCGCACAGCUGAAAACAAUCCAAUUAAUCAUAAUACAGAUCACAUCGCUAGAUUAUAUACAGUACCAAUAGAUAUUCAACGACAAAUUUUUCAAAAUGGUGGUUUACCUGGAAAAUUUAUGAAACAAGUCACUACUUUUCAAGAGUGCUCGAUAAUGGUCAGGCAACCUGCAAUUGAGAUUAUAUCUUACCUUAAUCAAGUCGACUAUACAAGGCCUGUCAAUAAAUAUGUGUUAUAUGGAAAGUUUGGAGUAGGAAAAAGUCUUACAUUAUGUCACAUUUUGCACUAUGCUUUUGCACAAAAAUAUGUGCUUGUUCACAUAUAUUGGGCUGCGCAUUGGUUUAAAGACAUGAAGGAAGUUGCGACUUCAGUGUUGUCCCCAGGCUGCAUGGAUCUACCAAUCGAUGCAGGAUUGUGGUUGAAACAUUUCAAAUUUCAAAAUUCAAAGUUACUUUCGGAAUUGGAUUUAAAAGUAUCGAAAGAUUAUGUAUGGAAUCAACGUGAAAUGACUUCACAAGGUACAUCUAUCUUGGAACUUGUAGAAUUCGGCAUGAAUCGCAUCAAAUACGCUUGUGGUGUAAUAGAUGCACUUAUAAAAGAAUUGAAACUCGCUAGUAUAGCAGGAAAGUGUAAGACGAUGGUUGUAAUAGAUGGAUUCAAUGCAUUUACAUCGAGUCACACGCGCAUCCGUAACGAUAAUAAAGUGAUGGUUCUGCCUAAACAAGUAUCAUUGGCGAUACCGUUUUUCGAUAUUACGAAAAAUGAUUGGUGUAAUGGUGCAAUUGUAGUGACAGUAGACCAAACAGCAAAUAAAGACAGGCGAGAAUCUCAUCUUCCUAGAUAUUUGCUUGGCAAAGAAGGUUUCGAACAUUUAGAUCCUUUCAUACCAGUUUUAAUUGAAGACUACAAUAUUGCAGAAUUUGAUAGUAUGAUAGAAUAUUAUAAGGAUCGUAAAUGGAUCAGGAACAUUACCUCUAGUGGUCAGAGAGAAUUGGAAUUAAUCACUAAUAGAAAUCCAUUUGUUUUAAUGGACCAAUGUAAAUUUUUAUAAAGAUACGUAUCUGGAGACAGUAGCUGAAACACAUUGAAAUUCAGACAAUCUAUCCACAAAGGAUUAAUUAUAACAACUUUCUCUUACUAUUUAUUAAGUAU